CCUGGCGCUGUUUCAGCGAGGGCGGCGGGAGGGUGGCCGUGCGGUAAGUGGCGGACCAUGUCUGGGGCCAGCAGCUACAGCCAGACCCCGAGCCGGGCCAUCCCGGCCACUCGCCGGGUGGUGCUGGCGGACGGCGUGCAGCUGCCGCCUGGGGACUACAGCACCACCCCCGGGGGCACGCUCUUCAGCACCACGCCGGGAGGCACCAGGAUCAUCUAUGACCGGAAAUUCCUGAUGGAGUGUCGGAACUCCCCAGUGGCCCAGACGCCUCCAAAGGACCUGCCCACCAUUCCCGGGGUCACUAGCCCUACCAGUGAUGAGCCCCCCACAGAAGCUAGCCAGAGCCAUGUGCGCAACAGCCCGGAGGACAAGCGGACAGCCGGUGAAGAGUCGCAGUUUGAGAUGGACAUUUAAAGGACCAGCUGUCCCAGCGAGCGAGGCCCUUUGGGCCAAACGUCACACCAGCCAGGCCUUAAUGGAUCUUGGCAGGUGCCAGUCAGGGUGGGGGGUGGCAGCAUUCCGGCCCUCUGCUGCCCUGCUCAGGGUGUCUGCCUCCCUCCCUCAUUGUCAGCACCAGCACAUACCUCCAACUGUGCCUCCGUGGGUGCGGGAGCCGCAGCCUGGACCCGGACGGUGGACCGCAAGAGAGAGGA